AUGUGGCUGGGCUUGGAGGUGUUGGAGGAGUUGCAGGAGCUCGGCGAGGGAUGGAUGAUGCGGCAUUUGCACCUUUUCCUCUUGCUACUGCUGCUGUUCCACACCAGAGCCCAGAGCCUCGCCGCCUCGAGGCCCAACUUCGUGCUGCUGAUGGCGGACGACCUCGGCAUCGGGGACCCCGGGUGCUACGGGAACAAGACUCUCAGGACUCCUAACAUCGACCGGCUGGCCCGGGGAGGCGUGAAGUUCACACAGCACUUGGCUGCUUCGCCUCUGUGCACACCAAGCAGGGCGGCCUUCAUGACCGGCCGGUACCCCGUCAGAUCAGGAUUGGCCUCUCGGUCCCGGGUGGGUGUGUUUAUCUUCUCCGCCUCGUCGGGAGGGCUGCCCCCCAGUGAGAUCACCUUCGCCAGGAUGCUGAAGGACCAGGGUUACUCCACAGCUCUGAUCGGGAAGUGGCACCUGGGCAUGAGCUGCGCCCACAAGGCCGACUUCUGCCAUCACCCAGUGAGCCAUGGCUUUGACUACUUCUACGGGCUGACGGUGACCAACCUGCGGGACUGCAAGCCUGGCUCGGGCACGGUGUUCAGCACGGGCAUCCGGGUGCUGACCUUCCUGCCGCUGCAGGCGCUGGGCGUGCUGCUGGCCACGCUCGAGGUGCUGCACUGCCUGGGGCUGGUGCGCGUGCCCCGCGCCGUCUUUCUGGGGCUGCUGCUGCUGGCCGCCGCCAUCCUCGGCGGGCUGCUCGCCUUCCUGCACUACUUCCGACCGCUCAACUGCUUUCUCAUGCGCAACCACGAGGUCACCCAGCAGCCCAUGUCCUACGACAACCUCACACAGCGCCUGACAGCCGAGGCGCUGCACUUCCUCCGACGGAACUCGGAGAAGCCCUUCCUGCUGGUCCUGUCCUACCUGCACGUGCACACGGCCCUCUUCUCCUCCAAAGACUUUGCUGGCAAGAGCCUGCACGGGGCCUACGGGGACGCGGCCGAGGAGAUGGACUGGAGUGUAGGGCAGGUCUUGGAUGCUCUCGAUGAAAUGCAGCUCGCCAACUCCACCUUCAUCUACUUCUCCUCUGACCACGGGGCGCACGUGGAGGAACUGUCCCCCCGCGGGGAGGUUCACGGGGGCAGCAAUGGCAUCUACAAAGGUGGAAAGGCCAACAACUGGGAAGGAGGCAUCCGCGUCCCAGGCAUCGUCCGGUGGCCCGGUGUGAUACAGGCUGGACAGGAGAUAGACGAGCCCACCAGCAACAUGGACGUCUUCCCCACGGUGGUCAAGCUGGCUGGUGCCCCACUGCCUGACGACAGGAUCAUUGAUGGACGGGACCUGAUGCCUCUGCUCCUGGGAGAAACGCAACAGUCAGAUCAUGAGUUCCUCUUCCAUUACUGCAACUCCUACCUGAAUGCUGUACGCUGGCACCCGCGAAACAGCCCGUCCAUCUGGAAAGCUUUCUUCUUCACACCCAAGUUCACGCCGGAGGAGGCCUCCAACGGCUGCUUCUCCACCCAUGUGUGCUUCUGCCAUGGCCACUUUGUUACCCACCACCGGCCGCCUCUGCUGUUUGACAUCUCCCGGGACCCACGGGAGAGGCACCCGCUGACGCCCCAGAGCGAGCCGCAAUUCCACGAGGUCCUGCGGGCCAUCCAGGGGGCAGCCGAGCGUCACCGUGCCACGCUGGCACCUGUGCCUGACCAGCUGUCCAUCGGGAACCUAAUUUGGAAGCCGUGGCUGCAGCUGUGCUGCCCGUCCUCAGGGCUGUCCUGCCAGUGUGACAGGGAGAAGCAGCAGGGCCAGGAAUGGCGUGUGAGCCGUUAG